UCGUCGCGGGUUUCCGCGGCGCGCGCGGUGCUUUAGUACCGCCAGCCUCUCCGCGGAACUUGCACGCCCGGAAUAGUUCCGUCUCACGCGGCAGUAAAAGUUUUCCGAAGCGCGCGCUCGCGCACCGAAAUCGGACGGCCGCAUCGGUGGUGUUUCCUCGCCAGCGAGCGAGAUCUUCGCUUCUCAGCCGAUCAGAGGGAGAGAGAGAGAGAGAGGGAGAGACUAGCUAAAAAUUCAUCUCCGUCGAUUUUGCGAACCGACGAUCCUUUGGGAGCGGAUAUCGCGCGGAUAACGCCAAGAUGGACGAGACGGACGCGUUGGUGAGGACGAGCGACGACGGCGUGGUGAACAGCGGAGGUCACGACGACGAUGAGGCGCCCACCGUCGAGGAGACCUACGAGGUCACCACCACCAGGCGCAAGACUGUCCGCACCAGCUACAAGAUCCAAGAGACUUCCUCGUCCACCAAGACAACCACCAUGACGACAGCGGCCAAGUUAUACGGCAAGGAUCUCAGCGAGUACGAUGACAUCGACGUGGAUGAGUUACUGUCACAACUCACACCGGAGGAGAUCAACAUACUCGCCAAAGAAGUGGAUCCCGACGACAGCUUCAUGCCACCUUCGCAACGUUGCAGUUAUGAAUGUGACAAGAGUCCUACAGGACCGCUGAAUCGGAAGAAGCUCAUCGAGCACAUCAACAAGCAGGCUAUGGAGACACCUGAUAUCCCAGAGUUGAAGCCAUACGUACCUGGUGUGGUCAGAGGCAAAAAAUGGGUGCCUCCGCCGCAAGAGAACACGAAAGAGAAGGAGGCGGAGGAACAGAUCGCGAUAGAUCUCGGGGAAGAGUACGAACAAGCGCUCUCGGCAGCCACCCAAGAAGAAAUCAUCGAUCUUGCCGCUAUUCUUGGAUUCCAUUCCAUGAUGAAUCAAGAUCAGUAUCACGCGUCCUUACUGAACUCCGGACAACCGGUCGGGCUCGGCUGGGACGGCGUGACGAAGGCUAGUCAACCGAAAGUCUACCCCAUGGAGCCGCCCAAUGACACAGACGUCGACGCCACCAUCAAACAGGUGCGCGACGACGACUCGGCUCUGACCGACUUGAAUUGGAACAAUAUCAAAAAUAUCUCAGACGAGAAGUUCAUACAAUUGUUCGAGGGUCUGGAGAUGAACACGCACCUCGAAUCGCUGAGUUUGACUAACGUCGGACUGAACGACAAGACUGCACAACGGCUGGCAGACGCUAUAGAGAAGAAUUCGACGCUCAGAGUACUCAACGUGGAGACUAACUUCAUAAGCCCGGCUGUGAUAGUGAGGCUCAUCAGGGGCCUUCUCAAAACGAAGUCCAUCGAGGAGUUCCGAUGUUCGAACCAGAGGUCGCAAGUGUUGGGUAACAAAAUCGAGAUGGAGAUCACCCAGUUGGUGGAACAAAACCCGACGUUGCUGCGACUCGGGUUGCACCUGGAGUUCAACGACGCUAGACAUCGCGUGGCUGCGCAUCUGCAACGCAAUAUUGAUAGGAUACGGCAGUCCCGGCUCGGGGUGGCGACAUCUUAACGCGAAGUGGCGUUCGCCUAGAUCGCCUGCGCCGCAUGGGAAGAGCCUCUCGCAACUAUACCAUUGGCUGGGCCCUGCACUGAUGAUCGCCGCGAUGAUGGCAAUGACGACGACGACGAAGAUGACGACGACGAUAACGUGGUGAGACGCCGAUGAUCGCGCGACUCCCGUUACAGCGCACCGCCGUCAAACGGCCUGCACACACACAUACAUGUACACACGGACAUUCUUCACACACAUACACGCUAUCGUCGAAUCCUCGGACCCUGCGGAGCCCACGGAUCCUCCGCGAUUCGCGUCUGGCUACGCGCUUGCACGUCUCUCUUGGACUCUCGGGAUCUCCUUACUCCUUGGACAACUCGUUCGACGAAUCACAAUCGAGCGAUCCUGUGAGCCUUCGUCGGCGCGUCGGGGAGACGGACGCGGAUGGGGAGCCGAAAAAGCUUCGCGAGAGAAAGUCAGCACGACAAGUUAAUCACGUGAAUGUCUCUCGUCUUUGUUGUUCUCUAAAAAUGCAUACACACACACGUAUAUAUAUAAAUAUAUAUAAAUAUAUAUAUAAAUAUAGAUGUAUAAAAAGUAUAUAUUUAUAUAUAUUCCCGCACCAGAGCUCUAUGUAGCGCGCGAAGAACACUCCAGUGCGGUUUUUCACGGCGUCACGAUGUAAAAUAAAUAUAUUAAGAUAUAUAUUAUAUUAUAUAUAUAUUAAUAUAUAUAUUAAUAUAACGCGGUCGGCGCGUGACGUAUCAAUAAUGUUAAUUAAGUAUAUAUAUAUACAUAUAUAUAUGUGUGUAUAUAUAUUUAUAUAUAUAUGCUGCGAGACGUGCGCAUUAACUGUUAAGUCGUCGGAGAUAAGAUAAUACGUGAGUAGAGAGCCGAAAGGACAGACAACUUUUUUAAUAUAUAUAUACAUAUAUAUAUAUAUAUAUUAAAAUGAUAUACGCGUCGACUCCCGUUCAUUGCUUUAACGUCUACUUAACCGGACUAUUUAAAUAUUUAUACAUACGGAGGAGGAGGAGUAGAAGGAAGAGGAGGAGGAGGAAAAGCUCCUUUCAAUCGAUUCGACCAAAAUUUUCGGCCGACUGUGCGCCGAGCGCGAUCGGGGACGAAUUUUAUACCGCGGUCUCUCUCCGUCUCUCUCCUGUUCCCGUCGGAAUUUUUUUCCCGGCAAACUGUCUUGUUUGUUAUUUCGGUCUCUUUCGUCGCUCGUUUAUACUGCCUGAUUGCGAACCGGUUCGUCUUUUCGAAAUGAGCACGGAAGUUAGUCUCAAUACGCCGCUAUAAGGGAAAUAAACCUGAAAAUGUGAGAAGUGUCGGGACGCGAAAUUCGAUUUCUUUUGUCGCAAAUCAAAUAAUCGUCGUCAACGUGAAAAUGUCGAGGCACACGAAGCUGGCACAAGUCGACGCUCAAUACGACGCACGUUUUAUCGCGACAAGUGACUAUUCCUCUUUUUUAAACGUGUUAAUCACAUCGUGCAUUAAGAUUAAUUAAUCAGCUGUCGACACACANA